CGGGUUGCAGGGCUGGGCGCGCGCCCCGCGUCCCGGGCAGGAAGAUGGUGGCGAGCGCGCGGGUGCAGAAGCUGGUGCGGCGCUACAAGCUAGCGAUCGCCACUGCGUUGGCCAUCCUGCUGCUGCAGGGCCUAGUGGUGUGGAGCUUCAGCGGCCUGGAGGAGGACGAGCCGGGCGAGAAAGGAAGGCAGAGGAAGCCACGGCCGCUCGACCCUGGCGAGGGCUCCAAAGACACAGACAGUUCGGCAGGGCGGCGGGGCAGCGCGGGCCGAAGGCAUGGGCGCUGGCGGGGCCGUGCUGAGAGCCCGGGUGUGCCAGUAGCCAAGGUUGUGCGGGCAGUAACCAGCCGGCACAGAGCCAGCCGGCGAGUCCCACCUGCCCCACCCCCAGAGGCCCCAGGCCGCCAGAACUUGAGCGGGGCAGCAGCUGGGGAAGCACUGGUGGGGGCAGCUGGCUUCCCACCACACGGAGACACAGGGAGUGUGGAGGGCGCCCCCCAGCCCACAGACAACAGCUUCACCCCCAAGUGUGAGAUCACAGGCAAGGAUGCGCUGUCUGCACUGGCCCGGGCCAGCACCAAACAGUGCCAGCAGGAGAUCGCCAACGUGGUGUGCCUGCACCAGGCCGGGAACCUCAUGCCCAAGGCUGUGCCCCGGCACUGCCAGCUGGCUGGGAAGAUGAGCCCUGGCAUCCAGUGGGAUGAGAUCCAGGCCCAGCGGCCCGUGGACAGCCCUCCAGUGCGCAUCGCCUACAUGCUGGUGGUUCACGGCCGUGCUAUCCGUCAGCUGAAGAGGCUCCUCAAGGCGGUGUACCAUAAGCAGCACUUCUUCUAUAUCCACGUGGACAAGCGUUCCAACUACCUGCACCGCGAGGUGGUAGAGCUGGCCCGGCAGUAUGACAACGUGCAGGUGACGCCCUGGCGCAUGGUCACCAUUUGGGGCGGGGCCAGCCUGCUGAGGAUGUACCUGAGGAGCAUGCGAGACCUUCUGGAGGUCCCUGGCUGGGCCUGGGACUUCUUCAUCAACCUCAGUGCCACCGAUUACCCAACCAGGACCAAUGAGGAGCUGGUGGCUUUCCUGUCCAAGAACCGGGACAAGAAUUUCCUCAAGUCGCACGGCCGGGACAACUCUAGGUUCAUCAAAAAACAGGGCCUGGACCGACUUUUCCACGAGUGUGACUCACAUAUGUGGCGCCUGGGUGAGCGGCAGAUUCCAGCGGGCAUUGUGGUGGACGGUGGCUCCGACUGGUUCGUGCUGACACGCAACUUUGUGGAGUACGUGGUGUACACGGACGACCCGCUGGUAGCCCAGCUCCGCCAGUUCUACAUGUAUACACUGCUCCCAGCUGAGUCCUUCUUCCACACGGUGCUGGAAAACAGCCCGGCCUGCGAAAGCCUCAUAGAUAACAACCUGCGGGUCACAAACUGGAAUCGCAAGCUGGGCUGCAAGUGCCAAUACAAGCACAUCGUGGACUGGUGCGGCUGCUCCCCCAACGACUUCAAGCCCUCGGACUUCCUGCGGCUGCAGCAAGUCUCUAGACCCACCUUCUUCGCCCGGAAGUUUGAGUCGACUGUGAACCAGGAGGUUCUGGAAAUCCUAGAUUUUCACCUGUAUGGCAGCUACCCCCCAGGCACGCCAGCCCUCAAGGCCUACUGGGAGAACACGUAUGAUGUGGCUGAUGGCCCCAGUGGGCUCAGUGACAUCAUGCUCACCGCCUACACUGCCUUUGCCCGCCUCAGCCUGCGCCAUGCUGCCACCGCUGCACCUCCUCCAGCCACCACACUCUGCAGGUUUGAGCCCAGGGGCUUGCCGUCCAGUGUGCACCUGUAUUUCUAUGACGACCAUUUCCAGGGCUACCUGGUGACGCAGGCGGUGCAGCCCUCAGCCCAGGGGCUGGCAGAGACACUUGAGAUGUGGCUGAUGCCCCAGGGGUUGCUGAAGCUGGUGGGGCGCAGUGACCAAGCGAGCCGGCUCCAGAGUUUGGAGGUUGGCACCGAGUGGGACCCCAAAGAACGUCUGUUCCGGAACUUUGGGGGGUUGAUAGGGCCACUGGACGAGCCUGUGGCCAUACAGCGCUGGGCCCGGGGCCCCAACCUCACAGCCACCGUGGUCUGGAUUGACCCGACCUAUGUGGUAGCCACGUCUUAUGACAUCACGGUAGACAUGGAGACCGAGGUCACACAGUACAAGCCCCCACUGAGCCGGCCUCUGCGGCCAGGAGCCUGGACCGUCCGACUGCUUCAGUUCUGGGAGCCCCUGGGCGAGACCCACUUCCUCGUGCUGCCUUUGACCUUCAACCGCAAACUACCUCUCAGGAAAGAUGAUGCCAGCUGGCUGCACGCCGGCCCGCCCCACAAUGAGUACAUGGAGCAGAGUUUCCAGGGCCUGAGCAGCAUCCUGAACCUGCCCCAGCCAGAGCCUGCGGAGGAGGCCGCGCGGCGGCAUGCACAGCUCACAGGCCCCGCACUGGAAGCCUGGACAGAUGGGGAACUGAGUGGCUUCUGGUCUGUGGCUGGACUGUGUGCCAUGGGCCCCUCCAUAUGCCCCUCCCUGGAGCCCUGCAGACUGACCAGCUGGAGCUCUCUGUCCCCCGACCCCAAAUCAGAGCUGGGGCCCAUCAAAGCAGACGGACGACUCAGGUAGCAGGGCCCCAGCCAGCGCCCGGAGGACCCGGGGAAUUGCACCUUACAGACAAUGGAGGGAUGUUCCCUCCCACAGGCAAGAACCAAGCCCAGGUAGCACCCAUUCCAGCCAUCAGGAGCCCGCAGUACCGCAGGGAAGGCGGACGCAGUACUUAACUACUGCCGAUGGCUCUGCUAGGACCAGAGGAUUGGCGAGAUCGUGGGGAGAAGGGCUGCAGCAUUCCACGCCUGGCACUUCCUCACUUCCUCUUCUAGUUUGUAUUUUUUUAUUUAAAAAAGAAAAUGGGUGGUGGGGGGAGGAACUGGAAAUAAAAGAUGUGCAAUAGGGCUCUGAGCAGCCCAGGAAGUGGGCCAUGGCUCUGGGGAGCAGGGGCCUGAUGAGCCCAUCUGCUGUUGCUCUGGAUGGGGCUGGGCCUCCUCGGUCUCCAGAGUCCCCUCCCCCAGCCUGGGCCUGUGGUAUUCACGGUGGAGACGCAGCAGGUUCGCCAAGUGCCCUGCCAGGCUGGGAGCCCAGGUGUUACUAGGGAGCUCUGCAGAGCUGGACUCUGGCGGGACAGCCCCUCCUCGCACAGCCAGGGGACCCUAGAGGAGUGGGUGGGGCUGGCUCUAGGGCUUUCCAGUGUACACUGCCCCUUGAUGGGAAAGGCAGGACACCAGGCCCUACUGAGGGAGAGGCGGAGUCUCCCAGGUGCCCUAGAACUGCAAGCAGGGCCUGGGCUCCCAGCCUGGUGGGGUGAGUCCUUGGGAGCAGCUGGGAAGACCACUCUGUCAGGGGUCUCAGAAGAACCUGGAGGAGAAUUGUGCCUGAAGCUCAGUGUGAAGUCUGAAAUAUGCAACAGAAGAAAUAUAUCUCUAUCUCUCUAA